AUGGCAAACAAGUUUGGAUUAGGGUCUUUACCUCUAGAAUCUAAAAAUCCCAUGACGACGUUUAUAAACAAAGCGAAACCUUUUUUCGUGGAUCAAAUCGGAGACACCUUACAAGGGGAUAUCGAUAUGAACAAUUUCAAAAUAACUAAUUUAAAGUUUCCAGGAAACGAUAACGAUGCCGUGAACAAGAAAUAUUUACUGGAUCAAAUAAACGCAAUUCAAAUAGAUAAGGACCAUGUUGAAAAUAGAAUAAAUGACGUGAAAAGAUACCUCAGACGAAAUAUUAAAAAUCUUGUGGACGAACCCAAACUACAACAAGAGUUAACGAGUUUGAAACGUCUUAUUCAAGUGGAUAAAACAAAAAGUGACACUGUCUUCGAUGAAAAAGACCAAAUUUAUAAAUCAAACAAAUACGGAUUCAAAGCAGAAAUAAAAGUAGGUACACUCGCAUACGGAGAACCUAAAAACGUAUUCGAUAUCGGCGAAACGCAAGAGUUUUCUUUUCGAGGUAAUUGUCUGAUUCAAAUAGAGUUUCCCAUGAAGGUUAAAGUCAAUAAAGUAGUCUUCAAACAAACUGGUAAUGCCGUCAAACAUAUUUCAUUAUUCAAUGAUGGUAAUUUGGAAGAGAAUAUACGUUUGAUUGAUAAAAGGGAUCAGGAAAUUGAAACGAAAAAUGGUAAAUAUGUAGACGCCUUUAAAAUGGAAGUAGAAAAUGAUAAGGAUAUCAUUGGAAUCAAAGAUUUAGAUAUGAUAUUGGAGACGGAAAAUCCACCAUCAAGCAACAUUGUCAAAAUUCCACGACGCUUACACGUACACGGAAAAAUAGAAUCGACCAGUCACGAAUUUUUACGAACAACAGACUUUGAAUACGUAAAACUGUAUUUUGUUUUAGGUUAA